AUGAAGUUUCUCUCUGUUCUCAUUCCGCUGGCUUUGUUAAGCUCCCAGACUGUCCAUGCUGCGAACUGGUAUUUUCUCCGCUGGAAUACGCCAAGUAGUUCAGCUCAAUUUCAAAAGUUCUCCAUGCAAAUGGUAACCCCAACAAUACAAAAGGCUGGGGUUUAUUAUCUAUGGCCCGGACUUCAGGAUACAGGCAAUACAGGAGUAUAUCAAGAGGUCCUUGACGGGCGAUCAGGGACGUGGUGGAUUGGGCCGGGUUGGUGUUGCAGCAAUCCCAGUCUUCCCUGGGGCGACGGUUUCAAUCCCGGAAAUGGAAAAGCCGUCGAUAUAACCAUGACGCGCGAUGCAAGCGGCCCGAAUUGGACAUCUAUACUCACAUCGGGAAGUAACUCAGUGACGAAUAAAUUUCCACUUUCGUAUAAGAACUUCAACCAGGUAAUGAACACUACCCAAACCGCCUGGUGUACAAACGCGCCUGAGAAUUACAACAACGCAAUGAGAUACACAAUUUCCGGUGCGAAAGCUACGGUUUCAGGGGGGACGACUACGUGUCAAAUUGACCAGGUUGUCAUGGAGGGGCCGAGGUGA